CGGAUCAACCAGAGAUAGAGAACUCUGAAGUGUUUUUUUCGUUUAUUCAUCAAAAUGCAAUAUUUAUCUCUUCAAUCGCUUCCAUGGAAACCAAAUCCAGUGGUUUCAUCAGAAAUUCAUACUCUGAAUCCCAAACUUCCGAAUGGGUUCAGUUCUCCUCAUUGCAGAUCCCGAAACUGGAGAAUUAGAAGUUCAUCGGAAGAGAAUGUAGCAAACUCAAGUGACGGCGGAAAUUUGAAGAAAUCGCUAUCUGGUAUUGCGAGAAAUCAAGUGGAGGAGCUACUGAGCAGAGAAGAGAACAAGGGUUUGCUUGAUGGUCUGGAAAAAGCUUCCUUGAGAGUGGAGAUUGCGAAGCGAGAGCUCGAAGAUAUAGAGAGGCAAGAAAUUGAGGCGAAAUUGCUACAGGAUUAUGUUAAUCAGCUUGAAUCAAGAGCCUCAGAGAUCGCAGAAUGCCAGCAGGAGAUCAUCGCAGCAAGAUCAAUGGUUGAGGAAGCAGAACGUUCCUUGUCCUUAGCAGAUACCGCGGCAAUUGGAAGUUCAGAAAAAGGUUAUUCGAUUGAUAAAGACAAGGAGAGAAUAGAAUCAGCAAAGGCAGCAGUGAUCGCAGCUGCGGUUGGGACCAUGACAGAAAUCCCAUUCGCUCUAUCUCAGGUCUCGAGCAUCGAGCAGCUUGUUCUACCCCUGGGAGUAGCGUUUGCGAGCUGUGCAUUGUUUGGAGUCACAUUCAGGUAUGCAGUCAGAAGAGACUUGGAUGAUAGUCAUCUCAAAUCUGGAGCCGUUGCCGCCUUUGGGUUUGUAAAAGGACUUGGUAUGUUGAGCAGAGGACCGCCAUUAGAGCUGAGCUGGGAAAGCUUGCUAUCACAUGGCAUAGACGGCGCCGUUCUGGUGUCCCAAAGUGUUUUGAUAUUUGCGUUUGCGUCUAUAGCUUUGGACUUCUGUUUCAAAAUGAAGAUCUUAAGGCCAUUUCCUAGCUCUGACUAAUGUAAGAAUUAACAAAUUAAAUAUUCUCUGAAGACUUUUAUUGUAUAUUUUGGUUGAAAAAUGUAAAUCUUUCUAUAUUUAAUCAUCCAGUAAAAAAGAAUUAGAUUUUUUCUUU